GCUUAUUCUCUUGGUGGGCUGACUGAGGGGUUGCUUAUUGCUCUAGAUUAUUAUUCAAGUACCAGGGACGCCAGUGUCUGGACGAAAGAAACAUUCUGUCUUAACUCACUCUCACAAUGUCGCGUUUCCCAGUCAUUCCGCCCGAAGAACGCACCGAGGCUCAUGAUGCUAUCGAACAGGGACUCACGGACGUCUUCUCCCGAGCGCCCUCACAGAUUGAGUGGAAAGGCUCGUCAGGCGAGCUGCUAGGACCGUACUCGCCUCUCCUCUACACGCCCGAAGUAGCCGACCCAUGGUUCAAACUCGCACUGGGUGUCAUGGGACAGCAGAGAUUCACGAUGCGCGAGAAGGAGCUAUCCAUACUGGCAGUUCUGUCCGAGCAUGACGCCCCGUAUGUGCGAUACACGCACUCCCAAGUCGCCGUUGCUGCUGGGCUGUCCCCAGAGCAGGUGCAGCAGGCUGUGAAUGGUCAGAUACCCACUGGUCUUAGCGAGUCGGAGACAAGUGUUUAUCAGUUUGCAUUGAAGUUGGUCAAGUUGCGGGGACCUAUGAAGGCUGUUGAUUUUGACAGCGCGAAGACCCCGCUUAGUCGUGAUCGGAUGGUCGGGUUGGUCCAUAUUGUUAGUGGGUUCGUUUAUACGGCUAUGUUGUGUAAUAUUUCGGAUGGGGAAGUUCCAGAGGCAGCAGAGGGGGCGUUUGUUGCGAAGCCAAAUAAUGUUGAAUAGUGGGCAAUUGGAGCAACCUGGCUAAUUUCCACCACCAUGACCAGUUUCAUCAUGUGAAAUCCACUGCCAUUUGAACCUCGA